AUGGCGGAUUACGAUAACUACGAUGACCGGGACCGGGCUUACGGGAGCUUCGGCGGGGGGAGAGGGCUUUUUCGGGAUGUUACGUAUGACGCAAAACCACCAGAACUGCUAGGGGACCGAUCUUUGAGGGUGGAUAUCGCGGAGGGCCGAAAGCAAGAACGUGGCGCCGGAGGCUUCGGCUUCCGGAAAGACGACAGAGGCCGUGGUGGCUCACGUGGGGCCAGAGGAGGGGGACGUGACUCCAGAGACGACUUCGACCAGUCUGGAGGAGGAUUUAGAGAUGAGGACUUCAUGGGUGGGAGGAGUCGAGGAGGUGGUCGCCCUGCCGAAAGAAGGGGUGGCGGAGGUGGAGGUGGAGGUGGAGGUGGAGGCGGAGGCGGAGGCGGCAUGGGACGCUUCAGAGAUGGACCUCCUCGAGGAGGCCAGACAGACUUCAGAGAACCCUCUGACGAGGAAAGAGCGCAGAGACCAAGGCUACAGCUGAAGCCGCGUACAGUGGCAGCUCCCCUUAACCAAGUGGCCAACCCCAACUCGGCCAUCUUUGGGGGUGCCAAACCCAGGGAGGAGAAUUAGUAUCUGUGUCAGUGUGGCUGCAUUAUUCCGGAAGGCUAUACUGGAUUCUACUGGCUUUGAUCACCAUAAAAUCUUUCAAAGACUUCAGUGACACGCAGGCAGGGGCACGAGGUGCUGGUCUUCUCUUGAAUCUGAACGAGCCCUCAUCCGAUUGGCUUAAAAAGCAAGUGGAGGUGGGGGCUCUAGAAAGGGGGAGGGGCACAGUCUUAACUCCGCCUCUGCCUGUCCUCGCUGGCUCCUCCCACACGCCUCAAAGAACCAAAACUUGGAGGAUGACAUCUCCAGGUUGAAUGCGUUUAAGGACUUCAGCAUCUCUUUCCCUUCCCAAAGUAUCUUUUGUGUUUUUCCGAAUUUGUAGACGCACGGACGUAAUUGCCGCCGUGUCCAUUUUAUAUUUUGCUCUUUAGAUUUCUUUACUGUAUUUGAAGAUUAAAACGUUGAGCUUGAUUCUUAAUUAAACCAUUUCAAAGU